CGUCGGAUUCCAAUAAUCAAUCAGCCCCAUGGGGAAUCCUCCGAUCCAGGCUACUACCUCGGCCGCUGUACCGACGGCAAAAAAGAGGAGACGGCUUCAUCCCCUUCGGCGAAUUGCCAGGCUUGUUCUUGGCAACCCAAGGACACCCAGCACCAGACAGCAAAUACGUGACCACGAGCAAGGCAACAUUUGCUAUGGCCCUUCGAAAUGGCACAUGCUUCUUCCCUUUCUCGAGCCACUCAUUUCGCUGGAUCCCAAGCUCGCGUUUGUCCAAGACCGCAUCCUGCGAACAAGUCCGCCGCCACCAAAGACGGAGACUACCGACGCUCCACGAAGCCUCGAUGAGCUGAGGAGAGAAGUGCAGGAAGCAGACGUACCAUGCGAAUGUGAUGAGUGCGCGCCCAAGCUGUACAAGAUCAGCACGACCAAGUCCCACGGCAUCAUCAAAGAUGGACAAAAGAAGAACCAGACCAACAACAGCAAUCGAUCCGGACGCUCCAAAGGCUUCUCGUACCAGAAGCAGCCAAGCCAUGUCAGUCCCGGCUCGUACCUCAAGCUGCGCUUUUGUGGCGACUAUGAAGCCAUGGCACUGGUACGACAUCACAUGGCAUGGCUGGACGCGACCUACCUACACCCUUCGGCGCACCUGACGCCGGCGGUCCAUCAGCUGCGCAGCCUCGUCAAGGCGUGGCACCCGCAACUCACCGGUCUCGACAUGCGCCGCACGCUAUCCGUUGGCCAGAUGAGCGCCCUGUUUGGGCAUUUGAACCGCGUCUUCUUCUCCGACUGCAUUCCGCCGCACAAUGCAACCCUGACGACAGGCUUCUCGUACCUUCCCGAGCAGCAAAGGGACUGCUUUGGCAAGAGUCUGUUCAACCCGUUGAUCGGCACACAGAUUCUCAUCCACCCGACCCUGUACCGUGGCAACGGCACGCCCAGCCACCACCCGGACAUGCUGCGCUUGCACAACCGCCUCGGCACCAUGAUUCACGAGAUGUGCCAUGCCUUUCUCAAGGCCUAUUCGUGUCGCUCCUGUUCCAUGCACCAGGCGUGCGACGGUGCAACGGGCCAUGGACGGGCGUGGCAGCUGCUUGCCAAGAAGCUCGAGGAAGCUGCAUGUGUCGUCUUGGGUAGCCGGGCCGAUUUGGGCCGAGGACCCAGUCUGCUGAGGGAAGUUGCAUGUAGCGGGCGUUUGCCGAGUUGCCACGACUUGGAGACGUAUGGUCUGAACGAAACAAUGUUGACGGCAUGAGGGAGAGAGGGAGAGAGAAAGAGUGGCAGGAAACACUCCAGGUUCUACCCAAAUGGCGACACGGACCCGACCUACUUGCUUCAGCAUAGGCGCCCACAAAGGGCAAACCAUUUUAUGACAUAGAGGAAAUGUAUGCGCAAGCCAAAUAGACAUGUAAUCAA